AUGGCUCAUGCUAUCUUCCUAACGAGAAGUAUUAUGGUCGAUACACUUGCACCGAUAAAAGCUGGCAGUCAGAUGGCUGCCCCCACAUCUGCACAUACGGUCAGUCACAGUCACACACUUUCAAUCGCCACUCUUGCUGAACGUAUUUCAGGCCUGACAGCUUCUGGCAAUGAAGCAUUGGGGACAUGCGGCACAAAUGAAUGGUGUUGCGACACCAAUAGGCCUGAACUGUCUGGUGGGCAAAACUGCUGUGACACCAACUCUCCAAAAUUCUCGCUCGAUUCGCGCAAGGUCGAGAACAACGGAACAUCAUCCGACAAUUCUAAUUCAAGUAAUGAAUCCCCUUCAUCAACGGAAGAAUCUACCACAUCAACCACAUCAACAUCGUCAACCUCGAAAACCACCAAAACCACAGGAUCUCAAUCGCAAAAGACGGAUGGCAGCACCAGUGUCGUCCUGGUCACCUCCGUCGUAAAUCAAGGCAGCAGCACAAUCGUAACAUCCGUCACCGGCGCCGCAGCCACGAAUCCACCACCGUCAGAAACCUCCACUCCAUCCCACAAAUCGCUGGCUCCCAUCAUCGCCCCCACUGUAGCCGUCCCCAUCGCUGUCCUUCUGCUCGCCGGCCUCGCACUAGCAUGGUUUCUGCGCCGACGAAAACGACAGAGGGCCCUCAGCGCCGAAUCACCGUCUGGGCCCGACCCCGUGCCUAUGUACAAAGAUCCGUACUCACCGAACACAGACUCGUCGUACUCGCCCGGGAAGUCAGAGUUGGAGGGGAGUAAGCCAGAUUUGACGCAUACUCCAGUGUCACCGAGGACGCCAUCUGGUUUGAGGAUUUUCGAGGGCCCGAAUGAUGUUGGGAGUGCGGGGACGACGGGGGUGGGAGGCGGGCAGAGGGGAAGUUCUAAUUUGAGUCAUGUUGAGCACGCGGGGGCGCAGCCGGGUAUGGCGGAGCUGGAAGGGGAUGGAGGGAGGGAAGGAGAGAAGAGGAGGUCGGAGCUUCCUGCUGAGGUGAAGAGAGCGAAGGAGGGACCGUGGCUUUUUUCAGAUGAUACCCAAGGAGCGUCUGGUGGAUGA